AUGAAGAAGAGUACUAACUUUAAUCUCAGCAGCUACGUAAGGAAUUAUUGUAGCAAAUCAAACCCAUUUGAGAAGGUGCUUAAAAAGAUAGGAAAAGGGGACCUAAGUUACUAUGACCUUAACGAACUAAAUGAUAGCAGAAUAAAGAGCUUACCAUACUCAGUUAGGAUUUUGCUGGAAUCAGCAGUGAGAAAUUGUGACAAUUUAAAAGUAACAGAAGAAAAUGUAGAAACUAUAUUAGCAUGGAAAAAUAAUUGUAAGAAAAAAAAGGAAAUACCAUUUAUGCCUGCAAGGGUAUUAUUACAAGAUCUUACAGGUGUCCCAUGUAUAGUUGAUUUGGCUACAAUGAGAGAUACAGCUGAAAUGUUAGGUGGAGAUGCAGAUAAGAUUAAUCCAUUAAUACCAGUAGAUUUGGUAAUUGACCAUUCGGUUCAAGUAGACCAUAGUAGAAGCCCUGAAGCACGUGAAUUAAAUGAGAAAAAAGAAUUUGAAAGAAAUUUAGAACGAUUUAAAUUCCUUAAAUGGGGAAUGAAUUCAUUUAAAAAUAUGUUAAUAUUACCACCUGGAUCAGGAAUAGUACACCAAAUAAACUUAGAAUACUUAGCACAUUGUGUAUUUAAUAAUAAAGGUGUAUUAUAUCCUGAUAGUCUUGUUGGGACGGAUUCUCAUACAACCAUGAUAAAUGGCUUAGGUAUUCUAGGUUGGGGUGUGGGAGGAAUAGAAGCAGAAGCAACCAUGUUAGGUUUGCCACUAUCUAUGACAUUGCCAGAAAUAGUGGGGAUACAUGUAAUUGGGAAAUUAUCGGAUCAUUUAUUAAGUACAGAUAUUGUGUUGUAUAUUACAUCAUUUUUAAGAAAAGAAGUUGGUGUAGUAAAUAAAUAUGUAGAAUUUUUUGGACCAAGUUUAAAAGACUUGAAAUUAGGAGAUAGAGCAACGAUUGCAAAUAUGGCACCUGAAUAUGGUGCUACUGUUGGUUUUUUUGGAGUUGAUGAUACAACAUUGGAAUAUUUAUUACAAACAGGGAGAGAUAAGGAGAAAGUAAAUCUGAUUAGAGAAUAUUUAAUUAAGAAUUCUUUGUUUAAUACUUAUUCAGAUCAUAUUGAAUACACAGAUGUGUAUACACUAGAUUUGUCUAAAUUGAGUUUGUCCCUUUCAGGACCGAAAAGACCACAUGAUAAUGUGCUAUUAUCAGAUUUGCAUAAAGAUUUUACCCUAUGUUUGAAAUCCCCUGUAGGCUUUAAAGGGUAUGAUAUUGCACAAAAGGAAAGAGAAAAAGUAAUUUCCUUUGAAUUUAAAGAUAAAAAAAUGUAUUCACUCACACAUGGAAGUAUAGUCUUAGCUGCAAUAACUUCUUGCACAAAUACCAGUAAUUCCUCUUCCAUGAUAGCAGCAGGUUUAUUAGCAAAGAAAGCUGUUGAAAAUGGCAUCAAGCCAAUACCAUAUAUUAAAAGUUCCUUGUCUCCGGGUUCUAAAAGUGUUCAGAAGUAUUUAGAAGCAGGAGGACUUUUACAAUACCUAGAAAAAUUAGGAUUUUAUAAUGUAGGUUAUGGAUGUAUGACAUGUAUAGGUAACAGUGGACAUUUAGAUAAAGAAGUAGAAGAUGUAAUUAACGAAAAUGAUUUAAUUUGUUCCUCAGUUUUGUCAGGAAAUCGAAAUUUUGAAGGUCGUAUACAUCCAUUGAUAAAGGCAAAUUAUUUAGCUUCACCAGCGUUAGUUGUUUUGUUAAGUCUGAUAGGAAAUGUAAAUGUAGAUGUCAAUUCUUACACAUUCAUUUGUAAAAGUGGAGAAAAAAUUAAAGCACUAGAUUUGAUUCCCAAUAAGGAAGAAAUUAAUGCAUAUGAAACACAAUUUGUCAAAUCUUAUAUGUACACAGAUAUAUAUAAGAAUAUAAAAUAUGUGAACAAAUAUUGGAAUGAUAUAAAAAUAAAAAAUGAUAAAUUAUACGAAUGGGAUCACAAUUCGACUUAUAUACACAAACCACCAUUUUUUGAAAAUAUGAAAUUAGAACCUGAAAAUAUUCAUGAUAUAAAAAAUGCCUACGUGUUGCUCCUACUAGGGGACAGCAUAACUACAGAUCAUAUAUCCCCGGCUGGUAUGAUACAUAAAAGUUCAGAAGCUUAUAAAUUUUUAAAAUCCAAAAAUAUAAAAGAUGAAGAUUUAAACACAUAUGGAGCUAGGAGAGGAAAUGAUGAAGUAAUGGUAAGAGGAACAUUUGCUAACAUUAGAUUGAUAAAUAAAUUAUGUCCUGAUAAAGGGCCAAAUACUGUACACAUUCCAUCGAAACAAAUCAUGUCAGUAUACGAAGCAGCAAUGAAAUAUAAAAAAGACAAUGCACAUGUCAUAAUCAUAGCAGGGAAAGAAUAUGGAUGUGGCAGUUCAAGAGAUUGGGCUGCCAAAGGUUCCUAUCUCUUAGGUGUCAAAGCAGUUUUAGCAGAAUCAUUUGAACGUAUUCAUAGAAGUAAUUUAAUUGGUAUGAGUGUACUUCCUUUACAAUUCUUGAACAAUGAAAGUGCUGCACAUUAUAACAUGGAUGGCACAGAAACCUUCACUGUCAUGUUGAAUCAGGGAAACUUAAAGCCCCAGCAGCAUGUGAAGGUCCAGAUGAACCAAAAGGGAAAAGUUACCACAUUUGACGUUUUGUGCCGAAUCGACACAGAAAUUGAAGUCAAGUAUUUUAAGCAUGGAGGAAUACUGAAGUAUGUACUCAGAUCGCUUGUGCAGAACGAGUCGCACUGA